AUGGCUGAAGGAGCUGAAGUAAUCACGAACCCUAUCGAAGAGUCCGAAGUAAAAGCUCAAGAAGAAAUUGCCGAUACCCCAAAUGAAGGAGCAGAGAAGCCAAGUGAAAUUCAAGAUGCAACUGAAGAAUCUGAGCAGAGUACACAAGAGACACCUGUAUCAAUCGAAGAGAAAAAAGAAGAGGAGUCGCCUUCCAGUUCAGAGCCUGCUGCUCCUGAAGUUCAAGGGUCAGAUGCAACUGAAAAUGUGGCAGAUGCAUCUGAAACUAUUGCUCAAGAGGCAUCAGAAGCUACAAAAGUAGAAGAGGCUGCAGAGGAAAAAGUAGAAGAGGUUAAAGCAGAGGAGCCAGUUCCUCAGCAAGAAGAACAAGCAGCGGAAGUUCAAGAACCUAGUGAACCUCAAGCAGAGACUAGCGCUACAAUUGAAGAAGCUGCAGUAGUCGAUACUGCUGCUGAGACUCAAGAAGCUGCACCUGCAGAAACUAGCCAUGAACCUGAAGAAGUAAAAACUGAAGAAGUUCAAGAGACAAAGCCAGAAACAGUUGCUGAAACCCCCCAAGAGGAAGCUGAACAAAAAACUGAAGAAAAACCUCAAGAAGUUGAAGAAGUUAAAGCAGAACCUACUGUGGAAAGCGAACCAGUUCAGGCUGAAGAGAAACAAGCUGAUGCCGAAGAAAAAACAGAGCCUGCAGCAGAGGAAAAGGCUGAAAUCCCUGCAGAGGAAACUAAAAGUGAAAUCGAACCUGAGCAAAAAGCAGAGCCUGCAGCAGAGGAAAAGACAGAUAUCGCUGCCCCUUCAGUAGAAGAAGUUAAAAGUGAAAUAGAGCCUGAACAAAAACAAGAAGUGCAAACAGAAGCGCCUGUAGAAGCAAGCGAGCCUGCAAAAGAACAGCCAGUAGAGCAUGAUCACAAAGAAGCUCCAAAAGAAGAAGUUGUUCAGGAAAAAGCUGAAGAGGCGAAAGAAAUUCAUGAGGCUCCGCAAGAAGCUCAUGAAAGUCAUAAACUUAAAAGCCAGGUUGCCUUUAAUAUCCACUAUGAUACUUCAUUUGGGGAGUCAAUUGGAGUAUGUGGAAGCCAUGAGCUACUUGGAAAUUGGGAUCCAACCAAAGCUUUAAAGCUGACUUGGACUGAUGGCAAUAUAUGGAGAGGAUCUGUACAACUUGAAAAAAGUUUAUUUUCGCAAUUAGAAUAUAAAUAUAUUUGCCAUAGACAGCAUGAAGACAAAUGGGAGAGUGGAGCUAACCAUACUUUACAUCAUAAAGAUGAAGUUCCAGAUGAAGUAUCGAGAACUGACAGCUGGCAAGGAUAA